AAUUCAGGAACACUUUCUGCCUGCCCUCCUCUCAUGAUCCCCAGCUAUCCCUGCUCCAGGUGGCGUGCCAGGGACUUGCACACCUGCUCCAUUCCAGUUUUUAUUGGAAUUCCCAGUUGUAGAUUUCUUCUUUUUUUUUCAUUUUUCUGUUUGCAGAUUCACCUUUUUAACAUCUUCAGUUUGGUCCUCAUCCACCAGAGCCUUUCACUUCCUGUAGAGAAAGAAGCAAUGCUUGGUUCUCCAACCUUUGACAUCCCCAGACUUUCCAUAGGACUUAACUCCCACACUCCAUCCCCUUUUCCUUCCCACAGAAGUUUGUUUCACCCUGUUCCUUGUUUGCAAACUGAAAUGCACGUGGGGCAGAUUUGGGAAUACCAAGUGUGACCUGUAGAAGGUUUGGAGCAGCAAAUCCUGAUUUCUGCAGGGAUGGUGUGUUUCAGGGGCAGCUGGGCAGUUCUGGGGUGCUAACUCAGGGGGUGGCUCUGCCUCACGAGGUGUAUCCAGGUACAGAACCUCUGGGGUGAGUACCCAGAGCUGUCACUGCUGUCCCCAAGCCAGCUCUGGGGGUAAAACAGACUAUUCCAGUGAAAUCCAGAGCUGUCACCAUAACUGUGCUCCCUGCCAGCCCAAGGUCACUGCCUGCACCUCCCUGAAGGACACUGGGGCAAGAGCAGCUGCAGCCAAGUGAGGAAGUGUUGGAUCCAUCCCUUCAGCCCAGUGCUGAGAAGGAAAACAGGUAUUUGCUUUAAUUCCUUUUAAAAAUGGACUUCCAGGAGGUGAAGACCUUUGUGGCCAGGGCUUGGAGCAACCUGGUCUAGUGGAAGGUUGGGGGAGCAGGGGGGCAGAAUGAGAUGAGCUUUGAGGUCCCUUCCAACCCAAAUAAUCCUGUGAUUGUUUGAAGCCACCUCCAUGGAGCUUUAAAGGGAUUUGGGGUGUUCUGGCAGGGACUGCAGAGUCCAGGCCUAGCUCUGCUCACCCUGGGAGUGGAGAAGGAUGGAGGGUGGGAAUCCUUCCCCAGCUGCUGGUGAGCUGUUCCAUGGCUGUCCUGUUCACCCGAGAAUAAAUGUAUUGCAAAAAUAUAACCUGAAAAAACUUCUGGUUCUUCUGGUGGGAUUGGCAGAGGAGGAGAUCCAAGGUCGGGUGGUUUAUGGGUUUUUCUCAUUCCAUAUUAAACAAAAUGGUAUCAAAUCUGGUUUUGAAGGAGCUCUUGUGGAGGUUAAGCUUUUACAUUGCUCCUUGUAGCCUUAUGGAGUCUGUAAUCUGGGUCACAAUAAAUACAUAGAUAGAAAUCACAUAGGUGGUGUGAUAGAAAUCCUAUAUUUUGUGUUACACAGUUGACUAGGGAAUAAAGAUAUUCUGGCUGCUCUGUUUUGUUCUGUACCAUUUCAGUUCCAGUUUAGCUUUGCCAGGUAUUAAGAAAAAAAAAAUCUAUUUUCUAACAGUCGUUUUUCAAAGGGAUUUAAGAGGCUGACAGCGAGAGGAAAUUGAGGUUUGUUUGGAAGAGGCAUCAAGGAGGUCCAGCGCCCCUUCUGUCAUGUUUUUGGAAUUGCCUUGACGGUGUGGAGAGCUGGGAGAGGCAGAUCCAGGGCCCUGAGGCUGUGGCAGAGCUCGGUGAAUGAGGCUGCUGGGAAGGAAGGGACUGGCACGAGAAAUUCUUUGUUUCUGAUUUGUUGAGGACAGCUGAUGUUGUGUUUGGUGAGACAGAAAUGAAUCCGUCCCUCCUCAGCUGUGGCACCUGUGGGACAGCUCGGAUGGGGACAGCAAAUCUUCAUCAGGAACCACAGGAUGGGCAGAGUGAGGAAGAGUCACUUGGAGACACCUGGGUGAUCCCUGUCACACCAGGCCUGGAGCAUCACCCAGCGAGGCAGGGAUGGGGUGGGGCUGAAGGGCUUCAUUCUAACACAAACUGCAGGAGAGAUUUUUUCCAUCCCUCUCCCAUUCAGUUUGUCCAGCCUGGCCCAGGGGAUUCACUUUCCUGGCUUUCACACUAAAGGUUUUGUGGGUAGCUGUUGGUUUCAAGAUGAGCCACACUCAGAGCAGGUAGAAAAACUUGCAAGGACUGUAGUAAAUGGGGAUGUGUGCAGCUGAAUAAAAUAUUCCCUGAGGAAUCAGGAUGGUUUGGGUCUGAAGGGACUCUCAGAGGUGAAGAGAGAGUCUGGCCUGUUACCAGCAGAGUGGAAUGCUCCCAGUUUGGUGCCUGGUGUGAAAUGCUCCCAGUUGGAUGCCUUACAUCGCCCUGUGCCUGUGAAGAUGGACAAAUCCUUGUGCCAGCCUCCAGAAAUCCCUUGUGACACACCCCAGGAUGCAUUCCCAGCAUGUUCCUGGGAAAUGCUGGGCAGAGAAAGCAAAGGAACUCCAUGGAGAGAACCUGCUUAGGGCCGAAGUCAAAGCAGGAACACCAGUCUGGAAAAGCUGAGCUGCUCCAGCUUCCCGCCGCGCUCCCGGAGCCGACCCCGGCCCUGUGUCACUCCUUGCGUGGAGCCCUCACAAUCGGGGACAUUUUGCCCGGUUUUUGCUUCGCGCUGCCCUCGGUUUCCAGGCUAAACCCUCCGGUGAACUGCUGACGGCAGAGUUUUCCAGAGAACCUGGCAAGAAGCGGCGUGAACGUGCUGAUGUGAAUUUCGACGUUAAUCUUCUGUAAAUCGAGCGGCCCGUGUGCGAGGGACGGCCGGGAGAAAUCCGCAUGACGUUUCCAUCGCCCGCUGCGCGCCCGCGCUAUUGAGAGGAAAUCUCAUGGCUGGAAUUCCGUGGAUGCAGCUGCUGCAUCAGCGCUCGGGGAAUUCUGCUGUUCUGUUCAGAAGCAACCCAUAAAUAGCGGGGCCGCCCGCGCCGCCCGGCACAGCGGAACCGCACGGAGAGGUAGCACUGCUGGGACUGCAAGGGGCUUUCCAAAGAGUUUGUGUGCCUGAGUCCCCCAGCGAAGGGUUUGGCCAGAAGUGAAGCUGCAGGGUUUGAUUCAGGACCUUGUCAAACUCCUCUAAGCCCCUUGGCAGCGUGGCGUGGCCGGGGAAGGCGUGUUCCAAUGUUGGAGCAGAGUUUUGUGGAUGUUCCUGGAGAGUGAAGAGGGGGCUCUCACUGCUGUUCCCCCCGGCCAAGGCGGCUGCAGCAGCUCCAGCUGCCGGGUUUGGUGUCCCCUGGGAUGCUGGAGCAAGGGAGAGGUGUCAGAUUUAUGUUGUGGGGAAAGAUGUCAGCAGCUGGAAGCUGAGAAAUUCCUGCUGGGAACAGAGGCGGGGCUGUGAGAUGGGAGGUCAGUGGCAGCUGGGUGAGCUGCCCUGGGCAGAGGAAUGAAUCCGUGUCACUUGGGACGUGCCUUGGUUCAGUCCUGCGGGUGCCUGGGUGAGGAUUUGGGGCCUGUGUGCAGGAGGGAGAGGAGGAUGGAUAACAGAGCUUGCUGCUACCUUGGACGCCCCUGGGGAUUUACAGCUGCUGCAUCGGGGCACAAUGACCGAGCAGCAAAGUCCCCCCGAGCAGAUGGUGACUGGGGAGGGUGCUGGCGAGCGAGGUGGCAACUACAAGAUCACAAUCUACGAGCUGGAGAAUUUCCAGGGGAAAAGGUGUGAGCUGACAGAGGAGCUCCCCAACAUCACCGAGAAGGAGAUGGAGAAGGUGGGCUCCAUCCAGGUGGAGUCUGGCCCGUGGCUGGGCUUCGAGCGCCAGGCCUACGCCGGGGAGCAGUUCGUGCUGGAGAAGGGCGACUACCCCCGCUGGGACUCGUGGUCCAACAGCCACAGCAGCGACAGCCUGAUGUCCAUCCGGCCCCUCCAGAUUGACAGCGCUGACCACAAGAUCCACCUGUUUGAGAACGCGGGCUACACCGGGCGCAAGAUGGAGAUCGUGGAUGACGACGUGCCCAGCCUCUGGGCCCACGGCUUCCAGGACCGUGUGGCCAGCGUCAAGGCCCUGAAUGGAACGUGGGUGGGCUACGAGUACCCCGGCUACCGGGGCCGCCAGCACGUCUUUGAGAAGGGCGAGUACCGGCACUGGAACGAGUGGGACGCCAACCAGCCCCUGAUCCAGUCGGUGCGCCGCGUGCGGGACCAGCAGUGGCACCAGCGGGGCUGCUUCGAGAACAGCUGAGGGACCCCCAGCCCCCCCCGGGGCCCUCGCGGGGUCCCCCGGCCGCUGCCGUGACCGUGGUGAUUUUUGUGCAAAAACCUCA